AUUCGCCCUUGAUGAAAUUUUGAAGCACUCAUCGUGAGGGUGCAUACGAAGUGCAGUAGCAGUCGAAAGUUCAUUUCAUUACAUCACAGAGAUCAAACCAAACCUAAUCAUAAAAACACGCACGAAUUGAGAAUAAACGGCAAUGCAAAACUGAUGAAUCAACCAUGAAGUCAAUCUACUUAUCCCACAUUUCUCUCAUCUUCCUCCGCCAUAAACCUAAACCUAAACCUAAAUCUAAACCCAGACCCCUACUGGUACUACUUCCCUCAACACUCUCUCUCCUCCACUCCAAUCCCAUUCUUUCACCACGACGACCCUUUUCCACCACUUCAACCCCAUACCCACUUCAAUACGAUCUCAUAAUCUCUCGCUCCAACUCUUCACCCAAUCCCCGCCACCGCCAACCCCUCCAAAUCCCUCAAUCCAAUCCCACCGACUCGCCAAACUCAGACCCCGAUUCAGAAUUAGGAUUCGAUGACUGGGUCGAUCGGAAACUAACAUCCCCAUCCUCGGAAACCGAUAAACUCAGACCCGUAUUAUUGGGUGAUUUAGAGAUGGACAAGUCUAAGAGGAAGUACUUGAAUAAGAGGCGGAAGAGAAUGUAUGGGUCGGACUCUGAUGAUGAAAAUAGGCGUGGUAACGAUGACCAGUAUGUUGAAUUGAAGCCUGAAGUCGUUGAGUUUCGCACAUUGCAUAAGAGAGAAGAGGAGUUGUAUUUCUACGAUGCGUUUGCGUAUCCUUGGGAGAAGGAUAAGCAUUAUAGGAUGGUGUAUCAGUUGGAGAAGAAGUAUUUUCCUGAUCAGUGUUUCGAUAAGGCGUUUCUUCAACCCGGUGAAUCGAAUUCCAAUUCCAAUUCCAAUUCGAAUGCGAAAGUGGAUAGGAAGAAUAAGAGAAUGGGUAAGAGUGGGCAGUUGAAAGAUAUGGCUGUGGAUGGAAGUGAUGAGAAGGGUUUGGUUUUCUUUGAGGAUGUAGAGAAGGGAAUGGAUGAGAGAGAUAAAGGGUUGGGAAAGGAUGUUAAAAUUGAUGUUUCGGAGAAGAAAGUUGAGGAGUUCUUCAAGUGUUUGAAGAAAGUCCCCAAUAAGGAUGUUGAAGUUGCUAAUGCAGAGCCAUUUGUUUCGACAAGGAGUACUGGGCUACCCCCAAAAUGGGAUAGUCCCAGUGGAACUGUUGUUCUAGUCAAUAAACCCAAAGGAUGGACUUCAUUUACAGUUUGCGGAAAGCUGCGCCGGCUUGUCAAAGUGAAAAAGGUAGGCCAUGCUGGAACUCUUGAUCCUAUGGCAACUGGUCUAUUGAUUGUAUGUGUUGGUAAAGCUACAAAGCUGGUUGAUAGGUAUCAAGGUAUGAUUAAGGGUUAUAGUGGAAUAUUCCGUUUAGGGGAGGCUACCUCAACCUGGGAUGCUGAUUCACUGGUCAUCCAACGUGAGCCAUGGGAACACAUCAAAGAUGAGGACAUAAAGAAAACUGCUGCAUCCUUUUGUGGGGAGAUAUGGCAAGUUCCUCCAAUGUUUUCUGCCAUCAAAGUUGGGGGUGAGAAGAUGUAUGAAAAAGCAAGAAGAGGAGAAAGCAUUGAACUUUCACCGAGGCGGAUUUCAAUUUUCCAGUUUGAUAUCGAGCGAAGUUUAGAUGACAGACAAAAUUUGAUUUUCCGGGUGACAUGCUCAAAGGGGACAUAUAUUCGAUCUCUUUGUGCAGAUCUUGGGAAGGCUCUGAACAGUUGUGCUCAUUUAAUAGCUUUGAGAAGAGAUUCAAUUGGGCAAUAUUCAGCUGAUGAUGCAUGGGAUUUCAAAGAAUUAGAAGAAUCAAUCACCAAAGACUAUCUAUAAUUUAUUAUUAUUAUUUAUUUAUUAUUAUUAUUUUUUGGUUGCUGCUGCUGCGUCCCAAAACUAUCUGAAGCAGCAACAUUGAUCAAUCUGAAGCAGCAACAUUGAUCAAGGAACACCCUUUUUAGUCCUUUAUUCUUGUAUGCAUGUAACAGCUGCUUCUGCAUUUUAUUUGUUCUUGGGUGAAAAUUGUGAAUGUAAAAUGCUGCUGUUCCUGUGAUUGUUUCUGUCAUGGGAUGGUUAUUUCAAAAUAUUUACUUGUAGGUCAGUUUAUGUAUA